UCGUAAUUACCAAGUAGGUACCUAGGUAGGUAGAAUACAAUGUAGGUAGGCCCGAGGGGUUCUGGAGUUACAAGUGUGAGGAAGUCCCUAAGGUUGACAAGAGCGAAUCAUUGGGCAUUUAACUGCCCAACCGGAGCGCCGUGAUUGCCCCUUAGGUACAUUUAGGCCUAUUCAUUUGCGCUAAGGAAACCGGGAACUUGUUUGCAACUGCGGAUUGGGUGAGCUGUUUACACCUGCCACGGUGAAGGUAGAACGUUCCUUGUGAAUUAACCCGUGCAUACACAACAGAAGGAGGAACGCGGCGCCGACCAUAAUCAACAAACACGCAGCGGACAACAUCAUUUAUUAUUAUUUUUCGGCGUCCCAAACACGCAUACCAUCUUGUCCUCUUUUAUUUCAUCAAUACACCUAUUCACUUAUUCGUCGUUCAUUUAUCCAUCCAUUCACAACAGUACAAUCUUUGACGGUAGUCAAUAUGGCAAACACUAACGUUGACGCUGCCAUUCGAUACCUGACCGAUCUUUCUGUCCCAUACAUUACCCCUGGUGACCUUGACUGGGAUAUCCAUUCGGCGACCUACAACCUGCGCGUCCCUGUUAUUCCGGCGAUCAUCGUUUUCCCCGAUCAUGUGGGACACAUCAGCAGUGCAGUUUUCUGCGCAGGUGAACAUGGACUUAAAGUCCAGGCUCGAUCGGGAGGACAUUCGUACGCAUCCCACAGCAACGGAGGGGCGAAUGGCUCAAUGGUAAUAGACCUGCAAAAAAUGCAGUACUUCAACUCUGCGCGAGAUCCGGUCUUAGUCCGCGGUGGAAUGCGACUGGGCAAUUUAGCCCAUAACAUUUACACCACACUCGACCGCAAGCGUGCCCUUCCUCAUGGUUCUUGCGCUGGAGUUGGCAUCGGAGGCCAUUUUACCCAUGGCGGGUAUGGUUUCUUUUCGCGUGCCUGGGGUCUGGCGAUGGAUCGCAUUUCGGCGCUUAGUGUCGUGACUGCGAGUGGAGCAUGCGUCUACGCCAGCAAAGAGGAGAAUGCGGACAUAAGUUUGACUCAGGCUAUGCGGGGUGCGGCUGAUUCAUUCGGUAUCGUGAAAAGCUUCUUCUUAGACACGGUUCCAGCUCCCGAGCGUGUCGUACACUGGGAUCUUUUUAUGCACGAUGCAAACAAAAGUAUCGACUCUGUUGUUGACACUUUCCAACGCGUUCAGAAUUUCACCCAUAACGCCUCCAUCGUUGAUCGAAACUUGGGAUUCAACAUUACGCUCUCUGCCACUUGCUUUGCGAUCGGAGGCACCUAUUUAGGAUCCUCGAGUCACCUCGCGGAAACGAUUAUCCCUGCGCUUCAUGAAGGCAUGCAAUUCACGCCCUCAUUCCAAUUCCGUGAAGUUGAUUGGCCCGCGUCACUGAAACUUCUCAAUCAAGGCGUCGAUAUCACAACCCCAGUGGACGACGAGUGCCGAUACAACUUCUUCGCCAAAAGUGUUGUUGUGCCCGAGCCAGGAUUUACCGAGGAGGCAUUGAGGAGUUUCUUCACGUUUCUUCUCACCGAAGGAGCAGACGCGCCCGUCUCUUACUGGAUCUUGGUUGACUUCUAUGGAGGCGCCGACAGCCAGAUCAGCAACAAGGACAUAGACUUCAAUGCUUUCGCUCACCGCGAUGCGCUCUGGGUUGUCCAGCUGUACGGCUUCGUCGAAAACGACGAAAUCUUUCCACCGGAGGGUAUUGACUUUGUCAACGGACUCGCCAAUUCGAUCACGACACACCUUCCGCGAUACGGUGCGUAUUCGAACUACGCCGACCCCAGCCUCUCACGACAUGAAGCGCACACGCUGUACUACGGGCCCGAGUUGUAUACUCGUCUCAAGGCUAUUAAGCAGAAGUGGGAUCCCAAGAACGUUUUUGAGAACCCACAGUCAAUCUAGGGAGAUGGGUGUAUGCGAGUAACAGGAUAGGGUGGACAUCUGGCUAUAAGAUGUGAUUGCAUCUCAAACCGGUACUGGUGUUGCAUAUUGAGUUUAGCACGACGGACGAGGCCGAUACAUCGAGCAUUGCUAGGUCUAUCCGCUCAAGGGAAGGGCGCUCGGGUUAUGAUUUUCCUGUGAAUAGGCUCUGCACAUGGCUUCGCAAUAACACAUAUGACUCUAAAAAUCGAUGUAAAAAUACCAAAACAAGGGCAUGAGGUUGAACCACGAAGGAGGUCGUGAUGUUCUUUGAU